UUAGUAAUCAAGUUUCCUAAGGGCUAUUGAUACAUUGGGUUAGCGAAGUUUGAAGCUUGUGUCACAUAACUGAAUGCUGUAUUUCCAGCAGACCCAUGACUUGUGCUAUUUAACCUGGCUCUACUUCACCGCAGUUACAGCAACUGCUGUCGGCUAUGGUGAUGUCUCAUGCAAGACAAUAAUAAGCAGAUUAAUCCUCACCUAACCCUUGCCACAAUGGCAGAUAUUGAAAGUAAACUGUGGCUGACAGUCUUUGAUAAAAAAUACAGGUCAUCAGAUCAUGAGGGUAAUCUUCGUACUGAAGAUUGAAGAAAUAGGAGGUUAUGCUGAGAUAUCCCAUUUAAUUAUCAUCUGGAAGUACCUGAUCAGGAUAUUAACGUGGUGGUUUGUGGUGACUGGGUUUAUAUAUUAUGUAAGUAAGGAUAUGAAUACUUUUGUACCAGACUUAGUGAGGAUGAUUUUAGCCGUAUUUCCGGACUUUACUCCUUAUAGACCGAUAUUGCGCAACAAGUUAGUGUCUAUGUAGUUUUCUUCCUGUUUCUUUAUUCAAUAUUAAUGUGAAAUAAACUGAAAAUCCUGCUGAUAAAAAAAGACCAAAGCACUGUAAGAAAUGGAGUGAAAAGGAAGUCUGAGGGAGCUGAGUUGCCUUUGUCUUCAUACUCCCCUUUUUAUUUCUUUACUGUAUUUUUUUAUCUUUUGUAAUAUUUUUCCCUAAUUACCUCUCAUCAGGCAUAUUGUGUUUUGUGGCCACCUGAACACAGAGAAGAUCCGUAUUUUUAUAAAGACAAGGAUUAACAGGGAUGCUGACCUGGUCUUUCUGGGCGAUUGUACUCCGUGUGUGAACUGCGAAUCACCACUCGAAGGCUUGCAUCCUGUCCAAGGCCUGGUUCAAGAUGGUCGAGAACUUGCUGCGAUCCAUAAAGCACGUGCCUGCAUUUUCCUCUCAAACCAAAAUAGCAAAGACCAGGAAGGGGAAGACUUAGGAAACAUAAAGUUGGCAUUAGAUGUCUCAAGAUCCACAGCUUCCCCAGUACUCCUGGAAUUGCUUCAGUGCAAGAGCAAGGUUGCUUUCACAUACCAGUUGGUACCAGUGAGACUAAGUUCAUUUGAUAUUGUUGAUUUACUUGAAUAGUUUAGAUUUGUAUUUUACAGGAACUCUUUGAUGAGGUGUUUCAGCCAAGACCAGAAGACGGCGAUGUGAGUGUCUUCUGCUAUGCAGAGUUUAAGCUUAGACUGAUGGGCUAUUCAUGCCUCAUCCCUGGAUUCUCCACAUUACUGGCAAACCUAAUUUUGCCAGAUAGGGUUGAAGAUAUCGCCAGUGUACGUACAUCCGUUAAUCUAAGUUGAUUGGUGUUUUUGUUAGUAAUCAAGUUUCCUAAGGGCUAUUGAUACAUUGGGUUAGCGAAGUUUGAAGCUUGUGUCACAUAACUGAAUGCUGUAUUUCCAGCAGACCCAUGACUUGUGCUAUUUAACCUGGCUCUACUUCACCGCAGUUACAGCAACUGCUGUCGGCUAUGGUGAUGUCUCAUGCAAGACAAUAAUAAGCAGAUUAAUCCUCACCUAACCCUUGCCACAAUGGCAGAUAUUGAAAGUAAACUGUGGCUGACAGUCUUUGAUAAAAAAUACAGGUCAUCAGAUCAUGAGGGUAAUCUUCAUACUGAAGAUUGAAGAAAUAGGAGGUUAUGCUGAGAUAUCCCAUUUAAUUAUCAUCUGGAAGUACCUGAUCAGGAUAUUAACGUGGUGGUUUGUGGUGACUGGGUUUAUAUAUUAUGUAAGUAAGGAUAUGAAUACUUUUGUACCAGACUUAGUGAGGAUGAUUUUAGCCGUAUUUCCGGACUUUACUCCUUAUAGACCGAUAUUGCGCAACAAGCAUAUUGUGUUUUGUGGCCACCUGAACACAGAGAAGAUCCGUAUUUUUAUAAAGACAAGGAUUAACAGGGAUGCUGACCUGGUCUUUCUGGGCGAUUGUACUCCGUGUGUGAACUGCGAAUCACCACUCGAAGGCUUGCAUCCUGUCCAAGGCCUGGUUCAAGAUGGUCGAGAACUUGCUGCGAUCCAUAAAGCACGUGCCUGCAUUUUCCUCUCAAACCAAAAUAGCAAAGACCAGGAAGGGGAAGACUUAGGAAACAUAAAGUUGGCAUUAGAUGUCUCAAGAUCCACAGCUUCCCCAGUACUCCUGGAAUUGCUUCAGUGCAAGAGCAAGGUUGCUUUCACAUACCAGUUGGUACCAGUGAGACUAAGUUCAUUUGAUAUUGUUGAUUUACUUGAAUAGUUUAGAUUUGUAUU